AUGGACAUUCCAGUCUCCAUUGUCUUUGUUGGUAAUAGCCGCUGUGUGGCCGCCGAUUGGGCCCGCGAGAGAGUAAGAGCCCGUAAAGUCUAACGGGACGAGUGAGUGCUGUAUAAGCGAUCGGUGAGCGUCCCUCUACCAUUGUAUAUUCCCGAUCGAAACCAACAGGACAACUGGCCCGUGGCUCAGUGGUUAGAGGCGUCGAACUCCCGACUAACAGGUCGCGAGUUCGAGUCCCAGGUGUUUCACACCUCUGGGCUGGGUAUGAGUGGCUGACUACGGCUAAUAAGCCAGAAAUCACCAUUUCAGUCUCCCUUAUCUUCAUCGGUAAUAAAAUUCUGCCUAAAUCAACGCUGUUUGAACAGUCAUUUUAAUUUCUUUCCCCCCGUACUCGUACGAUGUAUCAAACGCAAAAUGACCUUUCGGACACUCCCUUCUUUGCAUUUCACUUGCAGCGAACAGUACCCUUAUAGUUUCCGUCGGUAAGACACGAGGAUAUGACCCCUGGAAAUACAGAUUACGGCAACGAUAGGGUGCAGAACCCCCAACUAACCUGAGCUAGCCUGUUGACUGUGUCAUACGUUGAAUGAUGGUAGAGGGGAUUUUACGGAUGGGACAACACACAGGACGGAGAGCAAGAGGACAUAGAAAAUAGACAAAUUUCUGUUAAAAGUCUUAUCGUACCCUAUCAUUUGGCGAAGAGAGUGGGCGCAAUAAUUAAAAAAGAAACAAAAAACCAUUUUCAAGGAAUGUCGUUUAGUCAGGUAGGGAGGGGAAUUUAAAACAAUGGGAACGGUGAAUAGUAAGUGAUGUUUACAGCCACAAUGAAUUUCAGAGUAUAUUUUUGUAUAUGCAAUCUACUUGUGGGUCCUACAUCCUAUCGUUGUCCAGAAGGCUUUGUGGUAACUUCCAGGGUGGAUUCAAAUCCCUUUGUCCUAAACCUAAUCCGAGCAGUAACCCUAAUCUACCUGGCAUUCAGCGCAAGGCCAAUUAUAUCAGAGGGUUCCUGUUGCUAUGAUCUGCCGUUUGAUUAAUUCGGCUUCCCCAACAGUCCCUCAUCUUGCUUUGUCAUCCGCAGACCAAUUGAAUCACACCUCCCACACUCCUCCUCUAACCCGGAGAUAUGCGACAAAGUAAGCUUGUGAAAAAUGCGUGGUUUGGUAACAAGGAAUAGGAAUAAGACAUGCUGCCGGGAAGACUUCCAGGCACUAGCGUCUCACCAACACCUCCAUGUUGGCAAGCUCGUUACUCAGAGUGUCGGAAGUGUUGCGCCUGUUUCGAGAGUUUUCAGAGCAGGGUUGUUUAUGCUGCCCAACUGAUGAUAGUGCUUGACUAAGAUUAAACCCUUUCAUAACUCUAAAUUAAAAUAAAUGAGGAGGUAAUUUUAUCAACUGGAACUUCCAUUUAUGCCAUAAUCCUAAACAUGUGUAGUCGCAAGCAAAUUUAUGAUAAAUGGCGACUUUUGAGGUCAGAGUGUGCGCUGGUCUUGCCGUUCAAUUCGCUUCUAAUGCUCAGUCACUUGGUUUUUUUGACAGCCCUUUUAUACCCAACCGCGCGUGGACAUAGCUUUGCGAACUGGACUAAGGAUGUAUUUUAAAGGAACGCUGGUUGGCAGUUCGAAGCAUCAGAGUGCACAUAAACGGCUUGAUAUUGUCUGUGAACGUCAGAGAAUCUUCUGGGGAGGGGGGGGGGGUUAAUUCUCAUUUAAACUUGUGUCCUCUUGUAAAAGGACAGAUGAGUAUUACAGUAGAAUCACCCUGAACUAAACAUAUACUACGUUGAUUGUAAACUGUCUCUCCAAGCAUAUUGAUGUAAUAAAUAGCAGUUGAUUUGAAGAAUCUCGUCCCUACUGAGGAAGCUCAUAGAUACCGGGGUUGGCUUUUAGAGGCUCGUACAUAAUGGCAAUUAAAAUUGAUACGAACAGCUAAAUCAAGAACCCUUCUGUUUGAUUUUACUGCUUCAAAAAGAUGCAAAUUCGCAUCGUUUGUCACGCUUUUCCUUGCGCAUUAAAUAGGAGCAAAAGACAGUGACAAAAUACGGCAGCAUUAUCUCGUGAAAAAGAGAAGCUGAUCAUUGAGAAUGUGCCAUUUUUCACGGUACCCUAACUGUCCACACGCGUCACUGUCUAUCCGCUGAGCAUGCAAUAUCUCAGUUUGUUUGCCCCAAAUGAGUUUGUGAGUGUAGUGUGUUGAUUGUUAUUGCAGGACCGACUGAAAUGAGGGUGAGUAUAACGCAGACGGGAGCUUUUUAACAUUGAUAGGAAGAAGAAGAAGGAUAAGACGAAGAAGAAGCGAUCGCUGGAACAAGGCCUUUAUUCGUCUGACGUUUCGGAUUCUCACUCGAAUCCAUCGUCAGAGACGGUUUCUAUCACUGUCUCUAAUUAUAGGUUCGAAUGGGAAUCCGAAACGGCAGGCGAAUAACGCCCUUGUUCUAGCGAUCGCUUCUUCUUCCUAUAAACUAGUUCCUGGAACUGGCAUCUUUACUUGUAUCUGCUUUUCAACAUUGCUGGUUUUGAUAUACCAGUCUUUUUGCACAUGCACGUGUGGGCAUGUAUUUAAUUUUUAAAAAUCAGACUAAUUGCUCGUUUUAAGUAGUCCUUUUAUACCCUUUUCAGUUUGCGAUCUCCACCACCCUAAAGUUAUUUCGUUCUUUCAUACUGUUCCGUUCACCUUAGGCACCGGCCUAGUCGGACACUUACAAACCCAACGCUCAGAGGUUGGCGAACCAGUGCUUGGAGCACCAACAUACGCCAGGCGCUAUCGCCUCAAUUGACUGCACUGCCCUCGCACAGUCAGCCACCGCACGCCGCCUAAGUGUGGGUUUCCGCCCCGCCAGCCACCUGGAUCCCCUCCCGCCUCCGGUCUUCUUGACACUGCCUGCCACCAGGCCUAGGUGGGUAAGAGGAGUACAGUAGAUUUAACGCGGGCCUACUAUCACUUUAAACUAAUAGAUGUGUAAGUCGCCAUCCCUGCUCUCACUCUGCUGUAAAGCCUACGGUGAACACUGUUAUUGACAAAGACAAGUGGAAAAUUAAAUGGCCACUUCUGGCUUAUUAGCCGUCGUCAGCAAUCCUACCCAACCCCGUGGUGUGGAACACCUCAAGGUCAAUAUCGUGACCUGUUGGUUAGAAGUCCAACGCCUCUAACCCCUGAGCCACGUGCAUAUUGUCCUGUCUAUUGAUAUCAGGUAGAAGAGCGCUUACCAAUCGCGCUACAGAAACCACUCUUUCCGUUGUACCUUGGGGCCCUCUCUCAAUCUUCGCCAGCAGCCGCAUAGCAGCGCGUGAUAUAGGCGGAAUAGCAUCACCGAAAAAGAAACGAGGGACUGGACUGCAACAGGAUAUACUGAGUACUGCAUAUAAUGGACUCGCAUGUACUCAACCGCAACCGACAGGGAAACGAGGCCGUGAUCCAGUGGUUAGAGGUGUUGGACUUCCUGCAAACAGAUCGCAGGAUCAGGUCCCAGGUGUUCCAUACCUCCGGAUUGGUUUUGACUAGCUGAUGACGGCUAAUAAGUAAGAAAUGGCCAUUCCAGUCUCUCUUGUCUUUGCUGGUAAUGCUAUUUUGCCUAUAUUAUGCGUGGCUGUGCGGCUGCUGGCAGGGCUCGAGAGAAAGCGCCAAAGUGAGCCGCCUAACGGGAUCGUUGAGCAUCGGUAAAGACGGUCAAACUGUCACUCCGAGGUUCUAUCGUCUGCUCUGCUGACAAAAAGGACGCAGUGACAAACCGCUUUUGUGCUCAGGCUAGCAGCGAAAUCUCGCGAAUUCUUAAUAGCGAACAAAGAAUGACGGAGUGCAUGUUGCAGUGAGUUUCACAUCUAAAAGGGGAGGACCAGCGACGUCUCUUUGUCAUUACCGUUGACUCUAACCGACCGUUUGAAUCUACUCGUAAAUUAUUAAAGGUCUGAACGCGAACAGUAAAUAAUUACAUUGACUUUUUUAAUUAGAACUGCACGAAAAUCACCGAAUUCAUCAAUAUGAUUAGCACUCUUUAGCUUUUUCUUUCGCAAGCAUGAUCCACUUCCUGAUGGAAGCGUUUUGCCUUUAAAGGUAGAUUUUAUGUGACAACUGGGGUAAUUGAGUCAAACGUAAGAUGCCGACUAACCAUCGAAUCAAGGCCCGGAGUUGAUGAUGACGUUUUAUAUGUCUGCAACCGAUAUCCUUUACCGACAUAGGAGGACACUAAAAAAAGCCUCAGCAAUCAGUUUAGCCACAAUGUUUGAUAAUAGCUGUAGAUUACAGUGAUCGACGCAUCUGAUUCAUUGUAUCGUUCUCUUAUAAGCAUAUCAAUCCGGCAAAAUGUCCUACUGGUAAUAUUUGUGCUGAAGGGUACUAUCAGAAAUAAACAAUUUACUUUAAAACAAAUGCAUUGUAAUCCCGUGUAAUUUUCAUGGCAACUGUUUAGUCAUAAGCCACAAAGGCCUUUCAGUGUGUUCGAAUGGCGGAGUCACUUAAUCCCUGUUUACUGCAGUAGCUUUCGUAAAAAUAUUAAGGUAAUGGGCUUGUCCAGUUCGUCGAAUGGCAACUAAAUUUUAGUAAGCACUGAGCCUAAGCGGCGCAUCUGCGUUAAGAAUAACUAUAUUGGACUACUGAAAAUGGGCGUAAACAUUGCUAGCAGCUCCUUUAAGCUCAUUAACCUCACGUUGUUUUAAUUUCAAUGUCGAUGACGUUUAAUGUCAGGACUUCGAGUUGAUUUCGAGUCCGAACUAAAAUUUAUUGUUGUCAAUGGCUCAACUUAUUGAUCCUAACUGUCCUCGGAUCAUAAACUCAAGUAAAGUAGAUUCAGACACUAAGUUAGGGUUCCAGUGAUACUAGACCAGACAACAAGCAGACCUCACGUCAACCUCAUUCCGGUGUAGACUUACGGACUUAUAAAAAGACCAUGUUUCCACAAUUGUGAACACAUGACAAUUUAUAAGCUACCGAAUCAUGCACACAUCCUCCCAACAAAUGGCUGAUGUCGUCAGGCUUUCUCGACAUGCGAAAACACUGAAAUAUUGUCUCCUGUAAAAGUUAAACCAUUGCACUGCCAUAUGCAACUGUUAUUUUGUAGAACCGAAAAAGUUUGCAAUGAGUCAUAGGCAGAAUUACUGAGCCCAAAAUGUGCUUAAAUGAACCCUUCCUAUUUCAUUCCACAUAUGGGAUUCUAAGGAAAUUCCGUAUAAUAGUAAUAAACGCUUAAUAUUCGAAAAGAACUAAAGAAUUUGGGAUCGCGGUUUAAAAAAUAAGUAGGUUCAUUUUUGUGGAGUCUCGCACACAUCUUGGUCGUUGGUGGGUUACCACGGUUAGCAAAGGCUUAGUGAAAUAAUAGAUUUUAAGCAAGCAAGCACUUAUCUCAGAUAUUUUAUAGCUUUCUUUAAAGUAUGACUAAACAUGGUAUAAGUGACUUGACAUUAAAAGAAGAGGGAACGCGCCCAGAUUACUGGACUAAACUGCUAUAUUAUUUACUAGAGGUAGGUUAAAGCUGUAUUGGUAAGCUAUAGUCAGGCGGUCUUUUGGAACUCGAACUGUUCUAUGUACAGAGUGCUUCUUAAGAUUGGGUACCAUUAGAAUCUAUCCACAUUACUCUGUUUUACUGAUCAAAAGUGCUUGGCAAAUGGAAGAAAGAUAUCUGGUAGUGGAGCAACUCACCAAUUUACAGAGGAGCCUCGAAGAUACCAGAGCAGCUACAUUGAACGGAAACGUUAACUAGAUUAUUCGGCUUUUUCUUCAGGAAAAUUUUCACCCAAACUUUUCUCUCCCUAUUGAGAAGCAACAACUACCCAUCAUCGAUGUUUAGAAACGGGAGUUAAUGAAUCUGCAAAAAAGUGCCUGUCAGGGAAACCAUGGGCGAAUUAGAAAUGACGAUUACUGACUGUAGCAUAUGUGCCAACAUGGCUUUUAUAAAUUGAGGACAAGGAACUUAAUGCGUUUAGUUUAACUAAACGUAUUACCUUGGCCACUGGAACACAAAAUAGGCACGGAAUUUUUUAUGCGAAUUAUCAAAAUAGCGUUGGUCCGAAUCCAGAGGAUUAGUGACCAGGCGGAAGUCCCUUUUCUCUCAAAUCCCCUUCGGUUGUCAUCUUCUCACUCAUCUACACACCAAACAAUCUCCGUUUUAGUUCCACAAUCGGAUUAUCUGCAUUCUCGGCACACUAGUUAUGGCGGAACUAAGUGUGUUUGAAAUCGCUAAAACGGUCGAAAUCGCUCUUCAGAAGACCGCCAAUAAACUUCUUGAGUGACCAUCUGUCACUGGAAAUGAAUAGGUGCGUUCCAGGAAUCGAUCGUGAAGAAGGAAACACGAUCGCUGGAAGUCGCGGCAGCAGUGCGCAAAAUUGAAGUCAACUCUCACGUUAGGGUUCAUUCGACGAGACCCGGUCACACAUUUAAAUUCGACGACGCUGUAAUUCUCCUUAGACGCGACGAUCGCAUAAGUCGCGAACUGCUCGAAUCAUAGUUCACCGAAUCCCAGUCUAUUAACAAAUUUAAUGGCCUCCAAAUUCCAUAUUCUUUUCUGCAACUUCACCUAGAUGGAGUAAUUAGUUAAAUGGGGAGCGCACUGGCAAACAUCGGUGGUCGGUGGUCUGUCUCGUCGAAUGGUCAUCACACCAACCUCCAACACACAUGAUAAGAUCGCAGGCAUUGGUAACUCGAAUGUCGGUAUCGGACAAUCGUUACAGGAAAUAAAUCGAUUCAUGACUAGAGGGAAGCCAUAAAUUUUCAGUCAUGCAGUGACAUAUAGAGAGUGUCCUAUAAAUUCUGCAGCCCCAUAUACAUGAACUCUCCGUAUCCGAUGCUUUCUCUCUCCCUCUCUGAUGAGGGUUCCGAGCACGAAUUCAAAAUGUUUGGCGAAUAAAGCUCUCUCUCUAACGACCGUGUCCCCUGCUCCACGAUUACCUGUCGCAUUCUAGAAUACUUCAAAAAAAUUCAAGUCACCGAACUAAUAGAAUGCAGCAGUAGUUAUCUCAUCUUAUAAAGGAUAGUCAUAGCGGAAAUAAGCAAAUGGGCAUCUGCAUCUGUCAUCUCUCUUGAUCCCCAGUGAGGCCGAUCUCCCAGGCCGCCCCCUGUCGGCCUAGCACUCCAAACAAACAGCAGUUGCACGCUCAUAAAUCAGUCUUUAACUCGGUUUAGUAUACUAAUUGCCUCCUUUGUCUUCUAAACUGCUUGUAAUGUCUCUCGCCUCAGUAAAGCUUGUCCAUCUAACUGCGCUCCUUGUCUCUCGAUUCGGAAACUAUCGCGUUAUUGACUAUCGAGUCUCAUCAAGUAAUUUACUCUUCCGGAUAUGAGUCUUUAUCGCCGAAAACUUCCACCAUAUUUGGUAUUGACUCUAGACAGCUUUCCAUCAGUAGUGCAGCAUAUUUUGGCACCGCUUUUAAAAUUCUUCGGGCGCACGAGUCACCUAGAUGGUUCACCGGUUGAUGAAAAUGCAUGGCUUUACCAAGGCCUUGCUUUCUUCACUGUUAUAUACUGCAGCUUCACCAGAGUUUCCUGUUUCUGACAUGACGUCUAAGAUGGCGAAUUUUGUAUGCAAAUUUGCGAAACUUCAGGAGCAGACAGGCUCUUUUUAAGCUCGGACGGUACAGACCUCAUCGGCCUAAUAAAUCUCGCAUGAUUUAUUAACUCGACCCAGCACAGUCGCCACUUCUUGCUACCGUAUCACGCUUUGUGUUAAAUCAGGUCGCUGCAAAUCUCCCUGCACUUUUGUCGCGAAGGCGAACACAUGAGUGAAAAGGGUUGAUACAGAGAUGAGUGCACCCUCUACGUCUGUGACAGCUUGAGCUGCAGACUCUUCUUCGUGGACACUGGAGCUCACAUCCGUGUUGUCAUCCCACUCCAAUAGUAGUCUUCGCCUCCAAGACAUCAACCGGUCCCCAAUUCGCUGGCUGAACACCCCUUCCCGCACCCUGAACAUUUCCCUUUGACGUUAUUACUCCUGGGCCAUGGAGACUGCCGAUGCCCCCUAUGCAGCCCUCUGCCUAGACCUUCCAGUCAAGGCUGGUCUAGUUUUGGACUACCGACAUACUCCAAUGCUUGAGUGCACAGCUAGCUUGCUGUUUGUCAGCUGACUUUCUCUGUAACUUAUCUAUUCUGGGUGCAUAUAUUGCCUCCCCUAAUCGUGACCUCAUCCUCCAACAAUUCAACGUCACCGGCCAUCAGUUCUGAACUUGCAACAUCUGCGCAACCCAUGCCCUCCUGUGUUCUGCCGACGGAGUCAACUGUUGAGGUUGGCAGACAAUUUUCGAAGGAACUUUGUUCUGUUGCUCAUUUUCAUCAUAAAAACGCAAACUGAACACUUUAGAGGUUUGUUUGUCUAAUCAGAGAUUUGUUCAUGAAUAUCUUCAUGUUACUUUAUUAAGGAAAUAAUGAUUUCACCUUUGACUUCCUUAUUCAUAUUUAAAAAAUUGAUAAAGUUUAUUCUACAGCAUUUUUAAUUUAUCAUUUUAUUGAUUAGUCUACGCGCAAUAUACGUUGACCUGGCUGUUUUACAUUGAUUUUCUCACUUGUUAUUUUUGUUAUGCAAAAGACAGGCUGCAGUUGAGAAGCCGUCGAGAAAUUUUCUUGUACCAUUAAAUUCUGCUGUCCUUGCUUGCUUUAAAUUCGCCCCAGGGAAAUGUUGCUUCAAAUUCUACAGCCGGCAUUUUUGAGAUUUUAAACUUCUGAGUAUGUGUGAGCCGGGCGCAAACACCCACCACCGACGCAGACUUGGUUACAUGCACGGUAGUAUCUGAGUAAAUUGGCAUCCAAUUUGCAUCUAAAUAUUUAAGCAACUUCUAAAAGAGCGACCGACCGCCUCAGAAACUCCGUUGAAUGCCCCAACGACCCUCUACAAGAAGGCGUUCCGUCGGACUCCCGUAUGGACCAAAUUCCCCUGCGCCUUAAAAGGAUUAAUACGCAGACAUUUCCUGCCCCCCCCCAUUAGAAGAAGUCGCCGAACUCUAGGGCACACUGGCGGCCACUGUCAAUUUGGUGGAUUUUAUUGAGUUCACCGUACAGUUGCCCUAAUUAAAAAGAACCAAAUUAAUUUCUCAAACAGCAACUCCCCUCGGAUAUAAUUAAGUCUCUGGACAGACUUUUACAAUUGCGAUGUAGAAUAGCGAAAGAAAACACUCGGAUAGGAUUUCUUCAGCAUUGCAUAAGCAGCAAGGAGUACCCAGUGGAGUGCCACAAGAUCCUCCGUCGGGGAAAAUUACGUCCUACCAUGAAAAAUCUGGACCGUCUUGCGCAAUCAAAAAUUCAGGACUCGUUUGAGGCUGUCGACAUAAACAAAUCUCGUUUGGACCAAAUAAAACAUAUCCUCGACAAGAUAAGUUUCUUCGGCUAGUUUAUGUUCAUGAAACAUGCGUGUAUCAUACAAGGGAAGACAAGAGACUCAUACCGUUUUAAACCAAGGAAGUCAUUGUGCAAAAAGUCUACGGACGAUUAUUUCCCUCUGAAUACAGAUGAAACUAUCCUUGAUCUAUUUGACAUGAAACGUAAUAAGCUACAAUCAGAGGCUUUAUCACUAGAACUUGACUUUUGCAUUUCAAAAAGGAAAUUAAACCCAGUUGAAAUUGAGGCUCAGUUUGAAGACUUAAAUUCUCAACUGUCUGACUUAGUACCCAGAUCCACUGACGAUGUCGGCUGGUUGAAAGCAAAAUUUGUGGACAUUGCUCAUCAGUACCGUAAAGCUCCUGUUACACUAACCAAUGAACACAUAGCUACCUUAUCCGCAUUGAAACGUCAUGAACAAAUAGUAGUUCCUAAGCCUGACAAAGGCCAUGGAGCUGUUAUUCUUAACCAGAAGGACUAUGUGGGGAAAAUAAAGUGCAUUCAGUUUAUUUUUCAGUUUAUUUGAUAAGGAUGAUAGGCAAAGCCUUUGAAAACCCUAUUGAUAACAUGUCAACUCGUUAGAAAUAACUGCACAGUAACAAUGAAAAUGUUCGCUCUAUACAUAGUACUUGAUUCAUUUUAGUAGCAUUGUCACAGAGAAAAAAGAUGUGGGGAACCGGGGUGUUUAGCUCAGAUUCAGACUGUCGAGGGAAAACAGGGGACACAAAUAAUCAUCCAAGCGUUUCUUGAAGAGUUGCAGGGAUGUCGCCUCCACGACUGACUGAGGGAGAUCGUUCCAUUUCUCCACUACCCUUUGCGUGAAAAAUUCAGAACGAAGGUUUAGCCUGGACAUUGUUGUCCGUAGCUUCAUCGAGUGGCCACGAAGAUUGGGUGAAAGGUGCCACUGAAACAUGUCCUCAAAGUUAAGUCCAUGCUCAAGGCCAUUUAUUAUCUUGUAAACCAGGAUUAGAUCACCUCUUUGCUGCCUGUAACACAGAGGGAAUAGAUUAAGGCAAUUCAGUCUGUCCGUGUAGGACUGGUUUUUUAGACCGUUUACCAUCUUUGUUGCCCUACGUUGCACCCGUUCGAGGCAUGCUUUGUCCUUUACAAGCCAUGGCCGCCAUGCUUGUAUGCCAUAUUCUAAGUGGGGCCGAACGAAGGUGCCGUAAACUCUCCCAAAAAGGUCUUGGUCAAAGGUAACGAACGCCCUUUUGAUUGCAUGCAGCACUCCCAUUGCGUUUUUUGCAGCCUUGUGGCACUGCAAUGUUGGUUUCAAAUUGUUCUGUAUCCAAACCCCGAGAUCCUUCUCUGAAGAUUCUGCGGGGAGUCUCAUAUCUUUCAGAUGAUAUGUCCUCAGGCUCUGAUUUGAAUGAGAGUUAGUUGGACGCAGAUGGAGGACGGCACACUUCUGCACAUUGAAGUCUAGAAGCCAUUUCUCCGACCACGCAUCUUAGAUGAUCGGCGCAAAUUUCGUCUAGAGGCGUCUGGGAAAGAUGAAACCAAGACAUUGGAAGACUAAGUCUGGAAAAAGGUUUAAAAGUUGCUGGACAAAAACUUGAUCGAUACUAAAACCGCACUAUUCUUAAAACCGAGAGGCACACAUAUCCCCAGACUAUAUGGUCUACCGAAAACGCAUAAAAAGGACACACCUUUACGGCCAAUUCUUUUUAUGUUUAAUUCACCUACAUGCAGACUAGCAAAAUGGCUUUUCAAGGAAAUUGAACCAAUUCGACAAUUGUUUUCCACCUACACAAUAAAAGAGAGUCUUCAUUUCAUUGGAGAAAUUAAGGACCAAAACAUCACCGACAAGUGUAUGAUCUCUUUAGACGUCGAAUCCUUAUUUACCAAUGUAGCAUUGGAUGAAACAAUAGAUGUUAUAUGCGCCCAUGCGUCCAAAUCCCGACUCUCCCCCGAAAUACUACGCGACCUGCUGGUACUCUGCACCAAAGAUGUUCAACUUCUGUUUAAUGGGGGACUUUACAGACAAAUUGACAGAGUCGCAAUGGGUAGUCCACUCGGGCGAACCCUUGCCGACGUUUUUAUGUGUUACCUAGAGGAGAAGGUGUCAUCAAAAUUAAACAUGACAACAUUAUACAGGAGAUACGUGGAUGAUAUAUUCACGAUUGUUGACAACAAGGAAGACGCCGCCAACUUAAUUUUUCUGAUGAAUAAUUUGCAUCCGAAAAUCAAAUUUACGAUGGAAACGGAGCAGUUUAACAAGUUACUAUUCCUAGUUCUCAUGUUUAGGGAGGAUGAUGGUUCAAUAAGACGCUCCAUCUUCCAUCAGAUUACGUGGAAAGGGCAAUACUAACAUUUUAAAAGUUUUGCGCCAAUACAAUGGAAACGAAAUCUAGUACAUACUCUUUUUCAAAUAGCUAGAAAUAUUUGCUCCAGGGAGACCAUUGAUACAGAAAUUGCCCGCAUCAAAGAAGCCUUACUAAAUCGUGGUUAUCCUGUACGCUUCAUUCAGAAGUGCAGCAACAAUGUAAGACCAAAGUUAACGGAACAGUCCUUUCCGAAGAAGUCCGUUAUAAUAUGUCUACACUUUAAGGGUGACAACAUCUCAAACACAAUCAAGCGACGCUUGCGUUGCACUAUAGAAAUAACGUACAACGCAGCAGAGCUUAUCUUCAUCAGUUCCACAAAAAGCCUUCCGAUUAACCGGGCAAAGGAUGCCUUGCCUAUGCACGCCACCCCAAAUUGUGUGUAUGAAUUCACAUGCACUUGCGGAUGGAAGUACAUUGAGCGAACGCAAAGGCAGUCGGCAACCAGGGCCGCUGAGCACUUGCCUAAUUGGCUUUUCAAACAGGAAAGCAAAACCCCCCGUUCGUCUAUAACGAAACACCUGUUAGACAGCGGUCAUGUUGUCGAUUCUAAAGCACCUUUUCGAGUACUUGUUCGAGCGCAUACAAGUCAAACCUUGCGUUAUUUGGAAGCAGCUUACAUACGGAGGGAGAAACUAGACCUGUGCAAGCAGUUAGAUCAUGUGAUCAAUCUGCAAUUGCCCUGGUAAUCUCACGCCUCUAGUUACUCCUGACUGUGAUUUGUUGUUAACAUUUGGUCUCCCUCUUUCCUAUAUGAUGCUUAUGUGGACGUCUUAUCAUGAUUAUUCAAUGCCUUGAACCUUGACCUUUCUCUUAUGCACUGCCACUAUGUGCAACUUCAUACUGCUGUGCGCUUCCAUUCGUUACCCUAUGUUAUGUAGAGACGGGCUGCAGUUGAAAAGCCGUCACGAAAUUUAUUGGUCUCACUAAAUUCUGCUGCACAUGCUUGUUUUAAAUUGAUACCCGAGAAAAAAUGCCUCAAAUUAAUUUUAGUCAGUCUGACUUCGUAAGACAGAUGACUAGUAGUUUUGGUCAUUUUCGUAGCUCUCGCCCAUACUCGUUUCAUUUUUUGAUAAUCUUUCUAAAAACAACAGACACAGGGUCCACACAGCAAACGUAAAGUUAGGCUGAAGGAAUAUCCCGUAGGUUUUACGAACAAUCCCUUAUCAGUCCACACAAAUCCUCGUCUCAGCGCAAAUAGUAUCCAUGUCGUGCGGUGAGCUACCGUUUGACAUUGUUUAGGUGGCUUAAUUGAGGUUACUAAAGCGCCGAGUUCCUUCUGUUCCUCAACACUAAAACAAGCUCUCCAUAAAGGAGGUAUCGAAAUGAAUCUGGUUCACACUGGUCCUUCUGGUACGGGGUCUUAGGGCCACAUAUGUACCAAAGUUAAAUUUUAAGAGUCAACGAGGGGAUCAGCAGCUGAGUCAUUCGAGACUCUCCUGAAGUGCGUAUCCGCCUGCGUCAGAUCCGAGGGUUUAACACAGUUUAACGUCGACAGCAAACAUAACAGCGCUCCAACUCCGGUGACAACAAAGCCGUUGAUUUAGACUAGAAAAAGUGACGGGUGUGAGACUGAGCCCUGGGGGACGCCAAUUAAAACGGCGAAUGGGUUGACUUUGAGGCACCAACGCACACUUUCGACUCUAGCCAGCAGCUCUUCUCCUAUUCCAAUUCGAGAUAAUUUGUACGUUAGAUGUUUGUGCUGUUCGCUGUCGGACGCUUUCUUGGAGCCAUACGGAUGUAGCCAACACUACCGUCAUGGUCCAGUGAUAGAUCCGUAAACCAAGCAAUCAAGUUGUUUUUUUUUUCCGCCAAUCCUACUAAGAAAAGUAUGUAUCAUCUGGAAGAGAUUGUCCACCUGGGGUACAGCUCUCAUUUGCCUCCAAAGUGUUGACCGUCCCCUUCUGCACUCCAGUACUCACCUACCUAACUCCUAUGGCGGUUGAGCAACGACGUGUCGAUCAUCGUAACAAAGAAUCAGUUAGUGGUCUUGUAGUGGCAGCCAUCAUAACCGGUCUGGCGUCAUUGUUCAAGACCUCGCAACCUAAAGGUCAUUCAACCCUUGCAGCGAGCCGUUUCACACACGCUGACCUGAAGCCACUCGACCGAUUUCGGCUCGAACACAAUUGAGUGCCCACAGUGUCGCGGCUACCCAUGCGCCACUUGGACGCUCCACCCCCCGCAACCAGCAAAACAAGCCACUGGGACACCACCCCUCGGCAAAUGUAACACACACUGACUGGGCAUUAUUUGAGCUUGGCCCACGAGACUACAAAACGGCUGCCGCCACUACCUUAGGCACUCUCAGGCAUGACUGGACGCAGUCAAAACCAGCCCUGGCUUCGCCAGUGGCCACUGCCACCUGAGAGGACAACCCCGGUUUCUGUGCACAAUAAACCCCUUAUUCUGGUGCCUUCAGUGUCUCUCCAUCCAACACUAGGAUUUAGCCCUGAUUUUGAUGGCGCCCAGACUGCACACAUUUCCACCGCAUAACCACUACAGUCUCGAGCUGCUAGAAGUUCCUCUGAACAUCCGUGCGGCAAAGAAUUAUGUUCCGACUUGACUCCUUCUCAAGACCCCUCCAAGCCCUGCUCUAUGCUUUGGGCUGUAUUUCAACCUCUGCAUGGUCUUUAGCGCCCUGCGAUUCGAGUCCGUCAAAAGCUCCUCGCGAAAAGGCCGGUCUCUCUUGAAAUGUACAGUGUAGUGGAAACGUGGACUUAAAAACUACAAAUAGUAAUAUAUCCAGGAAAAACUAACUCCAAAUGGGGAAAUUGUGUUUACCAACAAAAAGAAAGAAUGUAUAGAUUCGAAGAAUCAGAAGAGGAAUGUUCCAGACUCACGCAAAGUAGAAUCCUCUCAGGUAGCGAGAUAGUAUUCCGAUGAGGAACCGGUUGAAUAGAGGCAGUCGGUUCCGCGAUGAUAUGGUGAAAUAGGCUUGUGAGGAGGGAGUCUCCGUCAGCUCAUACAAAUCGCUAAGAAUGUUGAGAGGUUACAAGCGAAGGCCAAGAAAUAACGACAUCAAGCACACUCGAAACCAGAACACACUUUGACCGCCGCGGAGUUGUUUCAGUGAAUUUCCGUUUAGUCAAACAAAUGUACAGGAAAGUCAGAUGUACAAGAAAGUGUAGUGAAACAAAUCAAAAAUGUACAAAAGCCUACAACUAAGACGCCACAGCUCGGGCACAGUUGUGAGCAAGUCGUCAUUAGAAUAAGGUGCACGGCCAGAACAAGUCCCCCACGUACUUUUCACAGCCCCAAUGCAUGCCUCAGCCAUGUCGUCGGUCACUUGUCUCCCUCAAAUGGCUUUCGUUACGUUCACCCUGCGUCCGUCGAUACAUCUGCUUGGCUGAAAUCAACUCUUUGUCAAAUAGUGAAGCAAAUAGCCUUGUCAAGGAUUUUCGUUAGUUGUUGAGUAGCAAUUAUUGAUGCUUCAUCAACGGCUACGAUUGACUGAGGUGCCCCAUUUUAGCCAACUCCACCCAAGCCCUUCAAACCCUCUUUGGCCAAAGACGCAUUCGGACUACAACCUGUAAUCCAGGUACCAGCAACAUGGCCGAACGUUUCCUCAGUCAUUUUAAGACACUGUGCGUGCGGCGGAGGAUUCGGCGAGUUGGCCGAGCAACCUACUCCUCUCGACUCAUGACAUUUGCGCAGUAGUAAAGAAGGAUCUGGACUGCAGAGCAGAUUAAUUUAUGUUAAACCGCACCUCCGACUGCUAAACAAAUGGCCAUCCCGACAUCUCGUAUUGCCGCUGAGAUUCACCGUAGCACUGUGCCUCGGCCUCGGAAAGUUAUGCGUUUAUUAACAGUAUUUUGCUUUCUAUGGUUUUGUUUUCCACUCUAUUUAGGGACUAUUUUCUAGGUAUUAAGGAUACAUUUUAAUUUUCAGAAUCUAUUUAACUUAUUCCACAUAUUUGGCAUGUUUUGUUAAGCUAAGAUCACGUUCGUCAACGACCAAGUGACUUUUGGACCGUGCUUUUGGGCAAUCUAUUUUGACUUUGCCAGCCGUCAUGACUACCGUCAACAAAAAAUCAAAAAUUAUUUCCCUCGCCUUUGCGUCACUUCUGUAAGGUAGGAUGUUAAAACUACAAAUUAUUUGAACACAGAAACUGUAAUAAGAAAAAAGCAACAUCGAAAAUCGUGAAAUUAAGCAUUUGGGUUUUACUAAGCUAAAAUUCCGGCACGGAGUCAAGAUUGUUGGGAUCGCAGGUCUCUGGUUGGCUUCGAUUAAUUAUUUCAGCAUUCUCUGGCAAGUCAACUUAUAGUACGGAUUCCUUCAAAAUUAUCUGGACUUAUUUUCGUCAGAUGGCUGAAUAAACCUGCGCCUGUGCGUAUUGCUGGCGCUCCUCUCAGUCUUUUUUAAUAAAAUUUUAAAGUUGAAUAGCAGUGUGAUUUGGGCGAACAGCGUCCCCAUUACUAGCUCCGCUUUUUGUGUCCACCGAUCCUAUCUAUGCGAAUGAAAUGUCCACAUUUUGGCGACAAUUCCGGAUCUCGAGUUCUCGCACCUGAUUUCUUUAGAUCUGCCAUCGAGGCCAUUUUUUCGGAACGUACGUCGAGGGCCAGACUCACGAACCUGAUAAGAGAAUGCGUUACCUAAACUGCUGACUUGCGAAAGCGAAUUAGACUAUUUAUAGUCUCCGCUAAUCAGUCGUGUACAGCUAGACGUGCUUCUGACGCAAAGGAGCUUUAUGCAACGAAGCAACCGCCUUCCAAAUUUCCAGAAAUACCACUUUGUUAGAAAGACUGCUUACUGUGCGUCCAUGUACCAAAGGAAGUCAUCUAAUUUGGAUAUUGUGCUUGGAUAAGAAACGAGACAAUCAUAAAGACGUUAUUUCCCCACUUAUUGGGACUACAUGGCAACAUUGCUUAAGACUCAGGCUGAGACAUCUAUGUCGCAGACAAAAGCUAGUUUAGUUCACAUUGUGGCAUUUCAAAAGUUGCUUGCACUGAAGUUUAGGAGGAAUCUCGACCGAGGAAGGUAGACAGAGUAAGUAUAUAGAGAGUUCUUUGCUUUCUGACCCGAGGUAGGUUCAUAAAACCUAUUUACCGCGCGGCAUAGAACGCGCGCAACUUGAUAUCUAACCACCCUUGUUGAUUUAGCUUGACUGCAUAUCACAGAUUAUCAUGCUACUCCUUCCAGCGUCCACUUACCAGGGGCAGCAGCACCUACACACAGUGUCUACAUACAAUGUAUGUAGGUAUCUCCAGUAGAUGUUAGAAAGUCCGAUCCGUUCGCGGUCGGCAAAAAGAGAUAUGUGGACCGGGCGACUCUUCGUCACUGAGUUUUCUUCCAUCUAACUACUUCUCGAAGAUACUAUUCACCGCGCGUGUAUGCAAUUUGGCGGACUUUCAUCUGGCGGGACAAUCCGGUUACACGCUUACUGACCCAUGUAGUUUCAAAACGCGUUUUCGGAAAUCCGGCAAUUUCUAUCCCUUGAAAAGUCAAGUAUAGUGGGUUUUACAAAAACUUGGGCAAACACAGAUGUAUUGGGCUCAGAAUUAACAACCAGGUGUUAUUUCAUUUCCAGGAAAGACUGUCUAGAAAUGACCUCCAUAGAGAAUUUGUCGACUUUGUCAACCCCCCUUAAAUCCGACCUCACUCGAGCUUCAGGAGAUCGGAAGGCAUUGAAUGCACCGAUACAAGCAAGAACACGGACUCUUCGUACACGGUCCUGCUGACGCUCAUAGCUUAAAACUCCGUUUCAUCCCUAUGCCAUACUCACAGUACAAGUAUUAAAACGACCAAAGUCCUCCAAAGACUGCUUGCGGACCCUGGUUACCCAUUUAUCAUUUAUGAAUCCCAGUUACUGGCAACAAACUGCCUUUAAGUCGCCCCCAUAAGUUAUUUAUGCAAAGCCUGGAAAGUCAUCCGAAAUCGUUUUCCCACCCAAUGGACACAAACUUCGGGCGCCAGUCAGCGUGGUCCCCAUAAAGUGAAAUCAUGGCUAACGAACAUUUCACUACUUCAAGGAUUUUGAGCAGAAGGUAAGAACAUGAGGCCGUAUUUCUGCACAUUAGAACAUUUCACUGAAACAUUACUCAUGGACAACAUAUCAAGCACGUUUGUGGACAAGGUGUAGGCCUUCUGCACAUGUGCCCAAGAGGCUGCGUCCCCCGAUUACCAGUGCAUAGAUGUGUUCCUUAGUGGUCCACACCUAGAAUGCCAUUCUUCGAAAUCUAAAUCAGUGUCCGGACGGUUGUAGUUUACAGCAGUCGUGUGAUGUUUGCAGAUGACAUUAUCAUUUCAGACCAUGUGUCAAACCGCGUUUCUGUUCACGACUUCUUUGUUAGUUUCUGUAUGGAUUAACCAGUGAGGUAUUACAGUAGGGGCAGUAAUCGUCACUUGGAGGUGUCUCUACGUACUGCGCCGAAAUGGGCAUACAUUACGCGAGCUGUAUCAACUGUCAACCGUUGGAUUACCAUCAGCUACUUGCUUAGAGGAACUUGUGUACAAGCAGGUCGCACAAGCCCAGGCUGCUGGCUCGGUCUUUGUACACUGUCGGGUCUGUUUGCCUUAACUGGGUUCGCCCCGCACAUGCUGUAGUUAUUUUGAAGCUGACUGUUAAAAUUCUCCCUUGUUCUAGCCAUAUUCAGUUUCCUCACACAUUUUUCCGCCAACAGUAUUUACGACAAAGAAGUAUGGCGCAACAACUACCCAAAACAGGGCUUCAGUUGUACGCUUAUCUGCUGCGUAAAACUCGUCUCCUUCCGGCGGAUGUUCAGCCUUUCUACAGGAACCAGAUCCGUCAGGUAACCACUGCACUCUUCCUCAUUCCCCUUUAGCACUUUAAAUCGCACGCUGAUGAAGACGAUCCUGAGACGCUGCGUCUUAUGAUGGCCCAAGGUAUAGCUGACAUGGACUGGCUUGUGGCAAAGGUACUCCGUCAUAACUCAUAACUGUCCUCACCUCUUUAAGUAUGCUAGGCAUUCGCCGACCACCAAGAAGUGA